GUCGUCGGUAAAGACGCGCUGGCAGCGUGUCUUGUAAAUUGAAACGCAAUCGACAGUCGGCAAACGUACGCUCAAUCGAUUUGGGCAGAUUCACGUCGGUUCGGCAUGAUUUGAGUGAGAAGAGGGCGGUGCAGUUUCGUGUUAUUUGCAAAUUGUCGCCGGGUUUGCAAUUGCAAUUACCGUGUGUCGUUGUUUUUGUUUGUCAUUGCUGCUGCUGAUUGUUUGCUGUGGAAAGAGUGUGCAAAUGAAAGUUGGCAAAAGUAGCGGCGACUGCGGCAGCGACUUCGACUGCGACUGCGAAAGCGGCAGAGGCGUAAGGCAGGAACAGCAAUCAGAAUCACAAUCAUCGCAAAUCGCAUCAUUUGCUUUCGAGCAUCGGAAUCGUUUGGGUGUUGUUGUGUUUGCUGUGUGUGUUGUGCUUGACCGUUAAUCGUGAGUAGAGAAUUUUCGACGUCAUCCCCCCCGCUGCACCCCACGUUCGUUAAAAAACUGCUGAAGUGCACAAAGAGAGGAGAACAAUUAAACAAUAAUAAACUUUGUAUUAGCAGCAGCAGUAGCGUGAUUCUUCGACUUUAACUUUAUUGUCGACGACCCGGGCAAUUUUAUACUUACAAACAUUCGCGGGAUGACCCACAAAAAGAUAUAGCUGUUAACUGGGUCAGCAGCAGUAGCGAAAUUGAGUGCAAUUUUGGUAAACGAAACGAAAUGAACUUGAAACAAAUAGCAAAGCUUCCCUCAAAAAACAAGUGCAAUUGACGCGUGAGUUUUCUAUUGGCCUCGUCAGCCAUUCAAGAGGCCUUUUUUAGCCACUUCAAAUCGCGAGACAAACAACAAUAAUAUUGUGCGUGUGCAACUUCAAAUGACGAACUGACUUCCACUGAUUGAUUGAGUUAGUGAUAGUGUGUGUGUGUGUGUGUGUGACAGCAUGAAAGGCAUCUGUGGUGAUGCCAAGCAGCAGCUAAACAAUUGCAUGCUGCUAGACGACACUGAAAAUGCCCCAGUAAAUGGAUUAGUAAAUGGAAAUGGAUGUGGAAUUGCUGCGUCACCUGCGAAUCGCGGCGGACGCAAGUUUCGAUCGCGUCAAGUGCAGAGUUUGGCCAUCCGGAAUACGAGCUCAUAUGAUACCAUGGAGCGACCCUUUCGACCCGAUAAUCUACGCGGUCGCUGGUCGAAAACUGCCGAUUUCUAUUUUGCCACCUCGAGUUACGCCUUCAGUUCAAUGGCCUUCUCCGAUGUGUCUGUCUGGGCACUAAUGAUGGGCGGUUGGAAGUUCUAUCUGACUACUUAUGUGCUGGCUGUUUGCUUCUACUCGCUGCCCAUUUUCCUGAUACAAACAUUUUUAGGCCAAUUCUCCACAUCGGGUGCGAUAUCAGCGUUUCGCGUAUCGCCUAUAUUUAAAGGCAUUGGUUAUUCGAUAUUGUUGCUCAACCUGGGCACACUCACCUACUACAGCGUUAAUGCGGCAGUGCCGUUGAUUUAUGCCGUCAACACGUUGCACGAUGUGUUGCCCUGGAUGAGUUGCAACAACACAUGGAAUUCGCCCAACUGUUCCACACACAACAGUUACGAUGUGGAUGAAGCCGAUCAAAAGCCGCACUCAACUGUCGAGUACUUUCACUCAAUGAUAGGCUCUAUUAGGGAUGGCUCCGGUGCAUGGUCUUUGUCCUGGUCAAUGGUAUUGGCAAUUGUGGGCAUUUGGGUUGUGGUUCUUCUGCUGCUGCUCAACCGUGUUUCCAUUAUAGGCAAAGUGAUGCGUUGUGCUUGCGUGUUAAUGUUCAGCUUCUUCUUGGCCGUGUUUGUUUAUCUGGUGAUACACGAGGAGUUUGGCUGGCAGACAUUUAUGGACUAUCUGCAUCCCACCAUAGACAGCUGGAUCGCCAUUCGCUCCUCAUUGGGCAUGGCCAUAUUGCAGGCCAGCAUGGUACUGGGUCCUGGUUGGGGCAGUGUCAUCACCCUGGGCAGCUUCAAUCGCUUUCGCAGCGAUGCUGCUCGUCUCAGCAUUUGGGUGUGCAUCAGCCAUGUGCUCAUCACUGUGAUGGCCACGAUCUGUGCUCAUGUGGCCAACGAUCACUUCGAACUUCAUGUGGCCAUGUGGCAUGUGGAGAAGAAGCAUUCAAUGCAGUUCCUUUUUUUGUCCUUUGCCUAUCUCUUUGGCAGCUUCACAACGUUGCCCAAACUCUGGUCUUUUCUCUUCUUCACUAUCAUCUUUCUAGCCGAGAUGUGUGCGUUGGUCAUUCUGAUGAUGUCUGUUUUGACGUCGAUCUUUGAUGAGUUCGAGCAACUGCGUCACCUCAAGCGACGCAUUACAAUCGGACUCUCCCUGUGUCUCAUGAUCAUCAGCUCCCUUUAUUUUUGCACUCAACUGGGCUUUAGCCAGGUGAGCGCCUUAUCCUACAUGGCGCUCUUCACGCAGGUUGUCUUCUCGGCACUCUUGAUACUGAUGGCAACCUGGAUUUAUGGCCGCGUGCGUUUCCAAUGUGAUCUGCAGUUCAUGCUGGGCAAAACGAUCUCAAGUGGCGAAAUCGUCUUCAUACGCAUCAUAGCUCCCUGCUUUAUAGCACUUGCAUUGUAUCAGACUAUCUAUAUGUUGUAUGUGAAUGGUGCAGACGACGUACUCAUAUGGAUUAGUCAAGGCUUCAGCUAUCUGAUUGUCAUCGCCUAUAUGAUCUUCAAGUUGACGCAGACAAAUGGAACAUUGCGACAGCGGGUGAGACAAUGCUUUGCACCGCACGAUUGGCAUCCGGUAAAUCCCGACAAUCGUGCAUUCUACGAGGAGAUUAUGGGCACUUCGGAAAUGCUCGUCAUCGACAAUGGGAAUGCGGCAUAAAUCACACACGCAUUACAAACACUGCAUACUUCUAGUGCCUAAUAUACUAAUAGAUUGACGAUUAUAGAGAUUUUGAUUUGUUUUUAAAAUGUACUUAAGUCAAGGACCCGCAUCAUCGGGUCGAACUGAACUCAUUGUGUGAAUAACCCCAGAACACCUAAAAAAAAAAAAAAAAAAACAUUAAUACACGAGGAAUAUAGGCGAGCGUUUCUUCAAAAAAUGUACUGAUAUUUUUCAAAUCUAGUUAUAUAGAGAACAAUAAACUGGUGAUAUUUGUAGUUGCAUAUGAAUAAAUAAACUAAAAGCUUUUGAACAAUUUUAAGACAAA